CCGCCGCCGCUGCUGCUGCUGCUGCUGGUGGCAAGAAGGGCAAGAAGGGUCCUGCUGGCGUUGCGGCUUUGAGAAAAAUGCUGGAAGCCCAAAAGGCUGCUGAAGAAGAAGCCAAGCGCAAGGAAGAAGAAGAACGUAAGAUUAGAGAAGAAGAAGAACGACUUGAAGCCGAGGAGGAAGAGCGUAGAGCCGAAGCUAAGCGUCUCAGGAAGGAAAGAGAAGCUGCCAAGAAGGAACAAUUGCGCAAGGAAGGCAAGCUUCUGACCAAGGCACAAAAGGAAGCGCAACGAAAGGCACAGCUUCGUCACGAGCAAAUGCUGGCAUCUGGCCAAGUCCAAGUUGCAGCUCUUCAGGGUGAUGCAGGCGAAGGACCCAAGAAGAAGCCUGUGUACACUGUGAAGAAGAAGAAGAAACCCAACAAGGAAGAAAUUGAGCGCAAGAAGCGUGAGGAAGAAGAAAAGAAACGUCAGGAGGAAGAGGAGGCACGAAGAAAGGCCGAAGAAGAGGCUAAGAAGAAGCAAGAAGAGGAGAAAGAAGAAGAAGAAUCUGAUGAUGAUGACUGGGAGAAGGCUGCUGAUAGCACUGACGAAGAAGGAGCCAAAUCCGAUGAAAAUAUCAAGGAUGACUGGGAAGAGGAUAGUGAAGAGGACGAGGAUAAGGAAGAAGGAAAGGCUCCUGCAAAGAAGGAUGCAGCUCCCACCAAGAAGGCAGCACCCAAGAAGGAAGAGAGCGACUCUGAAGAUUCUGACGACGAGAGCUGGGAUGACAGCGAUGAAGACAGUGACGAAGAUUUGUCUCCCACUCAACGUGCUGCCUUGCAGCGCAAGGAGGAGGCUGCUGCUCGUCGCGCCCAGCGACAGAAGGAUGCCCUUGCAGCCCGUUCGAAGGACGAUCUCCGAUCACCUAUCUGCUGUAUUCUUGGUCACGUCGAUACUGGUAAAACAAAGCUUCUUGACAAGAUUCGUCAAACGAACGUGCAGGAAGGUGAAGCUGGUGGUAUUACGCAGCAGAUUGGUGCCACUUACUUCCCUGCCGAUGCCAUUGCACAGAAGACGGCUGUCUUGGGCAAGGAUCGUGUCGAAGAGCUCAAGGUUCCUGGUUUGCUUGUCAUUGACACACCAGGUCACGAGUCCUUCACCAACCUGAGAAGCAGAGGUAGCUCGCUGUGUAACAUUGCCAUUUUGGUCGUCGAUAUCAUGCACGGUCUCGAACAGCAGACGCUCGAAUCGAUUCGUUUGUUGCGUGACCGCAAGACGCCUUUCAUUGUCGCCUUGAACAAGAUCGAUCGUCUCUUCCAGUGGAAGGCGAUUCCCAACAACUCGUUCCAAGCUUCGCUUGCCAAGCAAAAGAAGUCUGUCCAACAAGAAUUCGAGACUCGUUUGGAAAAGACCAUGCUGCUGUUUGCCGAGCAAGGUCUUAACGCCGCUCUCUACUACAAGAAUCCUAACGUUGCCAAGUACGUUUCGCUCGUGCCCACCUCUGCUGUCACCGGUGAAGGUGUGCCCGAUAUGUUGAAUUUGUUGGUCAACUUGACCCAGACCCGUAUGAGCAACCAGCUGAUGUAUGUCACUGAGCUCGAAUGUACCGUCUUGGAAGUCAAGGUCAUUGAAGGCUUGGGUACCACCAUCGAUGUCGUCCUUGUCAACGGCUGGUUGCACGAAGGUGACAAGAUUGUUGUGUGCGGCUUGAACGGCCCCAUUGUCACUCAGGUCCGUGCUCUGUUGACACCCCAGCCUAUGCGAGAAUUGCGUAUUAAGUCUCAGUACGUCCAUCACAAGUCCGUGAAGGCCGCCUUGGGUGUCAAGAUUUCUGCCCCCGAUCUCGAAAAGGCUAUUGCUGGUUCGCGUUUGCUUGUUGUCGGUCCUGAAGACGAUGAAGAUGAUUUGAAGGAAGAGGUCAUGUCCGAUCUUACCAAUUUGAUGAGCACGAUCAACCGUCAAGGUCGUGGUGUGUGGGUACAAGCUUCCACACUUGGUUCGCUCGAAGCCCUUUUGGAAUUUUUGCGUGUCAGCAACAUUCCUGUUUCAGGCAUCAACAUUGGUCCUGUGCACAGAAAGGAUGUCAUCAAGGCUAGUGUCAUGGUCGAAAAGGCCAAGGAGUAUGCCGUAAUGCUCUGCUUCGACGUCAAGGUUGAGAAGGAAGCUGAAGAAAUGGCUGAAGAUCUCGGUAUGAAGAUUUUCAAGGCCGACAUCAUCUACCAUUUGUUCGAUCGCUUCGUAGAGUACAGCAACACCAUGAUGGAAACCAAGCGAAAGGAACAAGCUGGCCAGGCCGUGUUCCCCUGUGUCCUCAAGAUGGUUCCUGGUGCUAUCUUCAUGAAGAAGAACCCUAUCGUCAUGGGUGUCGACAUUGUGGAGGGUCAAUUGCGCAUUGGUACGCCUAUUUGCGUUGUCCGACCUAAUGCAGAAGGUGUGCGUGAAGUGGUCCGCAUUGGUAAAGUCACGUCUAUCGAGAAGGACCACAAGUCAUUGGACGUGGUCAGAAAGGGCUCGGCCGGUGCUGGUGUCGCUAUCAAGAUUGAACAGCCAGUACACGAGAACCCAUUGACGUACGGCCGUCAUUUUGACGAUACGGACGAAUACUACAGUAAAAUCUCCCGCCAGUCUAUUGACAUUCUCAAGGAGUCGUUCAGAAAGGAUAUGUCCAAGGAAGAUUGGGCACUCGUUGUGAAGCUCAAGAAGAUUCUGGGCGUAGAUUAAACUAAUGUUAUUUUCCCCACCUUAUCAUUCCACUUACCACACACUCGUAUUAAAAAGGCAUUACACACACACCACACACACACACACACGCUCAACACUCCAGUUACAGUCCAUACCAAAUCUAUCAUUGUCUCUCGCCCACUUUCUUCACUGCAUUAAACACGAAGUUUUU